AGUUAAACACGAUGUUUUCAGGACGAGGGUCCAACACGGAAACAGGAAGCCGGUUCUGUGCUGCUCUGUGGUUUCUCCUCUCUGCUCUGGUGUCUCUUGGUGUUUGUCUCCGAGGAUCUGCUCAGAUCGACCCUCUCCUGUACGAGGAGCAGCUGCUGUGGGUGAGUGGAGGCCAGGGGGAGGUGAGCACCUACAGGAUCCCAGUGCUCACCUUCACUCCCAAGGGAAGCCUGCUGGCAUUCGCUGAGGCCAGGAAAGGAUCGUCCAGCGAUGUGGGAGCAAAGUUCCUCGCAAUGCGUCGGUCCACGGACAAAGGAGCCACCUGGUCCCCAACCAGCUUUAUCGUGGAUGACGGAUCGAAGACGGACGGCUUGAACCUGGGCUCGGUUGUAGUUGACGAGGAAGUGGGCUCAGUUAUUCUGAUCUACUCCUACUGCUUCCACCUCUACCAGUGCACCCCCGCCAGCACCAUGAUGGUACAGAGCAUGGACGACGGCCUCAGCUGGAGUCCGCCCAGAAACCUCUCGGUGCAGCUCGGAGUCAAGAAUUUCGCCCCUGGGCCCGGCUUUGGCAUCCAGAAGAAAUACAACCCGGCUAAAGGAAGGCUGGUGGUUUGUGGUCACGGGACUCUGGAGGGCGACGGCGUUUUCUGCAUCCUGAGCGACGACCACGGACGCAAUUGGUACAACGGCGCUGCCCUGAAAAGCAUCCCGUACAACCAGAAGAAGAAAGCGCAGGACUUCAACCCUGAUGAGUGCCAGCCUGUCGAGAUGCCGGACGGCAGCAUCAUCAUUAACGUGCGAAACCAGAACAACUACCACUGCAGGUGUCGGGUGGUGGUGAAGAGCAGCGACGGCGGAAUGACCCUGCCCAUAGAUGACCUGUACUUCGACUACGAGCUGGUGGAUCCUGCGGUGGCGGCUGGAGCCCUGCAGAAAGAGGGAGUGCUCUACUUCACCAACCCCUCCAACGAGCAGCACAGGAUCAACCUAACUCUACGAUGGUCGCUGACCAACGGCACGUCUUGGGAGAAUAAAGCCGUCCAGAUAUGGGCGGGGCCAAGCGGCUACUCCAGCAUGACCUCAUUGGAUAGCGGCUCCACAGAGGACAGGAAGUACAUCUUUGUCAUCUAUGAGAAGGGGCACAAGGAGUAUAUUGAGACGAUCUCAUUCGCCAAGAUGCACCUGUACGGUGGCCGGUAGAGCUCAUAAAUCAGAGAUUCAACCAUUGGAUGUAAAAAGGAAACAAGACGAGGUGGUUUACUCCCUCGACUUUCUCAGGAAGAAAAAAAAAAGAGACUUUUAAAAAGCUCAUUCUAUGGUAUAUAAAAAAACAUGGGAAAAUAUGAUGUGUGGCACUGUGAAACGCCAACUUUUUGUGUUUGGACUCUAAUUAAGAUCUCAUCUUUCUUAUUUUCUCUGCUGUCUGAAAUUCCUGAAGUUGAUGAAAUCACAAGUUUUACGUUUGUUAGUUUGGGAUUUGUAUUUUUGCACAGCCAAAGUAUCUUUUUGGGAGUUUCCUUCUUCCUAGUUAAAAUACAAUAUAUCAUAGCAAGUUUCUGAUAAAAGGAUAAAAGUACACUAGCUUCCAAGUAGCUUAAAGCUUUCAUGUAAAUAUCAGCUGUUUUUGAAGCAGACAACUA